AUGGGCCGCGAACUCCAGAAGAAGAAGAAACGUUCCUCGCUUCCGCGCGUGCGAAGUCGAAGGCCAGCCAAGAAGAUUAACCCUCUGGGCAAUGCUAUCAUUGCCGCCAACUGGGAUCAUGAUGCGACACUGAUGCAGAACUACGCACGUCUCGGUCUCACGGCGCGACUCAACGCAGCGACGGGUGGCGUCGAAAAAUGCCAGGCCGGUCCAACAACUUCCACAACACAGCAACGCCUUGCUGUUGCCAAUCUCCGCCCGAACUUGCUCGAGCCAGGUGAGGCGCGUGUCGAGCGCGAUCCUGCAACAGGUAAAAUUUUGCGCGUCAUUCACGCUGCAGAUGGCCCACCUAAUCCUCUUUGUGACCCUCUCGGCCCUGAUUCUGAGGCGCUGGGUAUGGGCACGCAUGGCGAAAGACUUGAAAGCUGCCCUUCUACGGCCCCAAGUGCUAACCCAGUCUUACGAUUGCUCGAAGAGCAGGCCGGCCGCGGAGUGACCAAGACAAAACGCAAACAAAGUGCGCGAGAGCAAGAAUGGAUAGGACAGCUCGUAGCCAAAUACCAGGAUGACUACAAUAAGAUGGCCAGAGAUCGAAAGCUAAACCCACUUCAACAGACGUCAUCAGAUAUAAGAAGAAGAGUACAAAAAUGGAAGGCCGAUUCCGCUCCAAUCCUCGAAGUCAUAUAA